AGAGCCGGACUCUUGCUGGUUAUAAAUGUUAAUCCCCUUCUACCUCUGGAAGAAUCUCCUUUCCUAUUCCUAUUUCGUUAUUUCCUCUCUUAUUCUCCCUCUUUAUCUGCUUCUUACAUUGUUUUCUUCACUUCAUGUUGAGUCUUCAUCUCUCUUCUUUGCUGAAUAUUUACUCUGACCCCUGACAUUUCCUUAGUACUGAUCACAACCUUCUUAUAGUCGCAAUUGACAAACUUUUAACUUAAUUCAAGAACCCCCAUUUUCUUUAUUUCAUUCUCCUCUCACUUAAGUCAAAAAGCCACAAGUAAAAGCGUCAGGGUUAAAGAAGGAAGUAUGGAGGUUGCAAGAGUUUAUGAAGGUUCUAACGUGAAUAGCCACAACGGCUUUAUACUUCCAAAUGAAAUUUUUCCUCCACCUUCUAAAGUUCUUGAUUCUCUCUGGAUUUCCAAUUCCUCCCCCACUUUUCAUGGCUCUGUUUCCAUGGUUAAUUUCAACGAUACCCGAGGAAAAAAGACUAAAGAGAGGUCAUUCUUCCCUUCACUUGACAAGGAAGAAAAUAGCAACGAGGAUUAUCAAGUAUCCUUUCACCAACCCGAAAAGAAAAGCCGACUCUUGCCAAAACAAGUUCAGUUUCUUGCGAAAAGUUUUGAGGUAGAAAACAAGCUUGAACCAGAGAGAAAAAUCCAAUUGGCUAAAGAAAUUGGAUUGCAGCCUCGGCAGGUUGCUAUUUGGUUUCAAAACCGGCGAGCCCGGUACAAGAGUAAACAACUUGAGAAGGAUUAUGAUGUGCUAAAAGCUAGUUUUGAUAAACUCAAGGAUGAAUAUGAUAGCCUCUUCAAAGAGAAUGAGAACUUGAGAAAUGAGGUUCAUUUGCUUAAAGAAAAGUUGUUCGACAGAGUGAAUGGGGAGCAAAAUUCAGAACAAAAGGAACCCAUUAGUCCACUUAAUACAGAAGCUCAGAAUUCUACUACAAAUAUGCAGAAUUUAACAAUGAUGGUCUGCAAACAAGAAGAUGCAAGUUCAGCAAAAAGUGAUAUUCUUGAUUCAGACAGCCCAUGUUAUGCUGACGAGAAUUAUACUUCUUUUUUGGAGCCUACUGAUUCUUCACAUGUAUUUGAAACAGAAACAUCGAAUUUUUCUCAAGAAGAUGACAGCCUAUGCUGGAGUCUGUUGCCCUCAUUAUGCUUCCCAAAGCUUGAAGAUGACCUACCAGUAAAUUCUUGCAAUUUGAGUUUCCAAAUUGAGGAUCAAUCUUGGUUCUGCCAUUAUUAAUUUUCUUGUUCAACAUUGGCUCGAUUAUAAGGGGUUAAAAUCCUUUGUUAUUCCCUUUCUACUUUUUAAACUUCUGCAAUAACAAUAAUAAUACUAAUCUGUAUAUAGAUUCAUUAGGAGUUUAGGACGAGAUGUAAGAUCUUUGUUUCUUCCAAAAUGUUCUAAUUGGCCCUUUCUUUAGCUCAAAAACAAAUGGUACUAUUGAGGUGAA